AUGGAGCGUAAGCUUACAGAAUAUCAAUAUGUUUGCCAGCAUUUGACAGAUAGUACAUUGGUUGCAAAAAAUUUUUACUCGUAUUUUGGUUAUACUUCCUUAUCGGAUGGCAUAGAUGCACUUCAGAAUAUAUUAAAAUCGUUACGUGACGAUACUAAAUUUCGUAACAUUGCUGAGGGAUAUUUGAAGCGAGACAAUUUUUUUAGGAACGAUAAGAUAGAUUUUUAUUUUAUGAGAAAGGAGAGAAAGAUGAAGGAGAAGAGGACUACAGAGAAAACGUUAACCAUGGCGAACGAAAGACACGAUCUGGCAACUGACAUCGUUCACAAUAAUUUACUUAAUAGUUUAAAUAAAGUAACAAAUAAUUUAGAAGAGAACGAAGACGACAAUGACGAGGCUAAAUCAAGUACACCUCCUGUCAAAGUCGAUAAUAACAGCAAUACACAGGCAAAUAACUUGCCGUGUUAUCUUGAUCAAAUUCCUCUUCACGCUGAAUAUUCACAUAUGAGGGAAGAUUGGAAAAUGGACGAUAUAAAUUUAAGCAAUAACCUAAAGGGGAUUGGUAUAAUUAAACGCGGCCAUUUUAACUUUUCAGAUACGGAUUGUACAUCACAAAUAAGUGAUGAGCAUUGGGACGAAGUCAUCAUCCCAUUUUUAUCAAAACAUAAGUUGAAAAAUGCUUUUUCUACGGAGGAUGACGAAAAAACGCUGAUAAAUAUGUUUGGCGAAGAAAAAAAAAGGAUGCUCUUAAAACCAGGUAACCUAAAGUUGGUAUACAGCUUGACGGAUACCGAAGAGGACACCACAGAAGUUCUUAAAAUUGUGAAUCGAAUACGAUUAGUUCAAUACCUUAAGGAAUUUUCUGAUUGUCAGACCCUGACUUCGCUGGAGAAACAAUGGCCAAUAUCUCUUCCUUCUGAUAUAUUGGACAAACGAUUACGAGAUAUUUUGUGGGCAUCUGAGCUCAUAAAAUGGGUGAUUGUACAAUGGCAGGACGGUACUUUUCUCGGGGAAAUGAAAGAACAAUGGGUUAAAACACAGUUAGUAUCUCGACUUCUUGUGCCAAUAAAGCCUGGAGAAAUUGAAUCAAAUGCAGAAAAAAUAGUCGCUAACUACGACAAAGCAUUGAUGUUACCAAAAAUCAAAGCAAAAACUCGUGUAGAUGGUCUGGAUGAUGCCGAGGAAUUUGAGAAUGUUUGGGUUGAACUAAAAGGUGGCCUUGGUAAUUACCAUGAAGCUGAAAACAGAAACAACCGUGAAGAUUUGGAAGUUUUGUUUAAGGGAUUCUCGACAAUGUCUGCAAUGCAGGCCCUUACAAUGCCAGAAGAAGCAAAGAAGGAAAUUGGGGAUCUUGAAUUUUUCGGAAUACGAGGGAGUGGCAUUCAAGAUCUAUUAUAUGCAAUUAGAAUCGUUUACUCAUUUAAGAUAAGAAUAAAAACCAGUAAAUUAAAGUUUCACCAGGUCAGAGCUUUGGCAAGAAGUAAAAGAGUUUUUGAGGCUGAUUCUUCGCCAAUCAAAGCAAAGAGGAUUCGAAAACUUUCCGAUAUAACUUCAAUGAAAUGA